GAUUGCAACCUGCUCUCCUGAACCAUCAAGUCAUCCCAAGCCUGGCCUGGCCUGACCUCUCAUCACAUCACUCAGACGCUGUACGACAGCAAGCUGGGCUUACAUAGUUUUACAGCGGGAAUUGACUUUGGGUGUGCCAACGGACGCUGCUACAUUGGUCAUGUCCUCCUCCUGUGACGCUCUCCUCAAAGCACUCAAGGAAUGCCUUCUCAAUUCCGACUGUGUCCAAAAGCAAGGACAUCUUCCUUCGGAGUGUCUCAAGCAACACAGUAAUGAAUUACCGGAACAAUGUCAGCUACUUAGAAAGUCCACUUUCGAGUGCAAACGCAAUAUGUUGGAUAUGAGGACUCGGUUUCGAGGUAACACGGUGGGAAUGGACGCUGAGAAGCUCAGACAGCAGAAGACUCCUGCACCUCCUGCACAAUCAUGACGUGAUAGAUGGUACAAGUUCUAUCACGAUGGCGACUCGGAAUCAUUGUUUUUCCUUAGAAUCUCGUUCCGAUGUAUCCACUGGGGGUCAAUAGCGUUGUGUCGAUCACACUUGUCCUUGUAGCACUUCACUGUCUUCCCGACGAAAUCAAAGAAAGCAUUCACUACUGCGAGCCAUGCCGCUUAAGCAUUCAC